AUGGAUCAAUGGAAGAAGACAAAUUUGCCUCUAAUUAGACCUCCUCCUUACAAGACCCAGCCUAGAAGACCCAAGCAAUCAAGAAACAAAGAGGCUUCUGAGGUUGAAGUACCUGCUUCAGUCCCUCCAAAUCCUAUACCACCUAAUUACAUUUCACCCCCUGCAAAAUUGAGAAGGGUUUUUAUCAAGAUCAGGACCAAUCUAAUGGACCAAGCAGGCCUGCAAGAGGCAGAUGAAUGGGUGUACAUAGAGGUGCAAUAA